AUGGUCUGGUCGAGUUCGCUUCUGCGCUUCGGCGUCUUCGCAUCCCUUGGUGCUGGAUCUCAGGCGGCAUAUCCUACCCGAGCGCGCCCAAGCCACGCACCGCAUUCCACCAAGUCAGCUUCUUCUGCUCAGGCUGCGUCGUCGACCCUGGCUGGCUCCUCGGCUGAGCUCCCAUCCACGCUGGCCGCAUCGUCCACCGGGACCGCGUCCUCUACUCAGGCGGUUUUCCCAACCCCGGCGGCUAACAACAGCCAGGGCACUAACAAUACCCAUUCGGCAUACACCAUCCAGGACGUGUACGACACGACUAGCUUCUUCGAUGGUUUUGAGUUCUACAGUGGCCCUGAUCCCACCAACGGCUUUGUCAACUACCAUGACGCAGCGCUAGCCAAUACUUCGUCUCUCGCUGGAUAUGCUAGUGGUGGUGUCUAUCUUGGAGCCGACUUCACAACAAUGAACCCGAGUACGCCGGGUAGAGGCUCGGUCCGUGUCAACUCAAAGAAGACAUACACCAAGGGGCUUUUCAUUGCUGAUAUCGCCCACAUGCCAAGCUCUUCGAAAAGCGGCUGCGGCCUUUGGCCAGCGUUCUGGAUGUUUGGUGAGGGAGGUGGCUGGCCAAAUUCGGGCGAGAUCGACAUCAUUGAAGGCGUCAACUCGGCCACUUCAACAACGUUCACGUUGCACACAAGUGCCGGGUGCUCUUUCUCGCAGGGCAACUGCAAUGCCGGUAACGGAAACACGGGUUGUGGCCAGAAGAUCAACAACGCGCAGUCCUACGGCGCUGGAUUUAACGCCAUCGGCGGUGGCGUCUAUGCAGUGGAAUGGACGAGCAAUGCUAUCUCCCUCUGGUUCUUCCCUCGAACUAACAUCCCUGCCGAUAUCACCGCUGGCAACCCAAACCCUGCCAAAUGGGGCGCUGCGACUGGAAGCUUCUCGGGCUCCGGCUGUGACAUUGACAAGCAUUUCAAUGGGCACCAGAUCGUCUUUAACACCGACUUCUGCGGGGACUGGGCCGGGCAAGUCUGGAGUACCGAUUCAACCUGCAGCUCGUUGGCCAGCACGUGUGCCUCGUACGUCGCCGCCAACCCAGGAGAUUUUAAGGAGGCCUUCUGGCUCAUCAACUCGGUCAAGGUGUUCUCCCCGAACGGAAGCGGGACGACAAAACGCGAUGUUACGCCCCAUCACUUCAAGGCGUAA